UAAGGCGCGCGUCUCCUGAACGUUUGUAUAUCGGAAACCAGUUCUGUGUGACUAGGUGACCUGGUGACUAGGUCUAGUGUAUCGUGCCUUUACUGAGAUGUGAGUGUGUUACUUUUGUGUGUGUACUUCAGGGAACACCGUAGGUGUGGUGUUUGGUAUGCGCGGCGUUCGCACGCGGCGUUAGCGAGCGAUGGUUCGUGCGCAGCCUCUUGCGCACCUGCUGCUGCUCUGGCUGACCCACCUAUCGCCGCCUGGAGCGUGCGACGUAGCAGGCGGUGCGGGGUCGGUAAACUCUUUGCCGGCAGCCGGAAGCGCACGACUGGCGCCAUCUUUUGACGCUGCCACGCCGAAGAACGUUACGGCUCUCGUCGGGAAAUCCGCCUACCUCAGCUGCCGUGUCAGAAAUCUUGGGAAUAGAACGGUGUCAUGGAUUCGGCACCGCGAUCUACACAUCUUGACGGUUGGCGGUUAUACGUACACAUCAGACCAGCGAUUCCAGGCGUCGCACUCGCCGCACACCGACGACUGGACGCUGCAAAUCAAGUGGGCCCAGCAACGCGACGCCGGCGUCUACGAGUGCCAGGUCUCCACGCAGCCCGUACGCUCAUUCUUCGUCACAUUACAUGUCGUUGAUAAUGAAAUCUACCAACGGAUGUUCUCAGACGCAGUGCCAUCGGCGCGUAUCCUGGGUGGCCCCGACCUUCAUGUGGAUAUGGGAUCCACCAUCAAUCUGACCUGCCUCAUCCAGUUCAGCCCCGAGCCCCCUGCCUAUGUGUUCUGGUACCACGAGGACGAGGUGAGCGGCCGAAAACAGGUGAUCUCGUACGAUUCGGCGCGCGGCGGCGUGUCGGUGGUGACGGAGAAGGGCGCGGCCACGACGUCGUAUCUGCUCGUGCAGGACGCUGCGCCUGCCGACUCCGGCCGCUACUCCUGCGCACCCUCUAACGCCGACCUAGCCUCCGUGCGAGUGCACGUGCUCAACGGGGAACGACCGGCGGCGAUGCAGACGGGGUCGGCGGGUCUGUCGGACAGCUCGCGGGCUAUCGCGCUGUUGCUGGCUGCCUCGCUACUGCACGCUCGUCUGCGCUCCGCACUACUCGCGAGCUGAUCGCCGCCCAACCACACGCGUCUAAACUAAGGUUUUUUAUGAACGGAAUAUAACUGCGAGUCCUCUGGAUUCAUAUUCACCGCGCAGGCGUUCCUAGACAACGUCGCCGUGCUCGUGAAACCGAUUGACGAACCGGUGCCGGCUACUCUUGUACAGAAAAUCUUAUUUCUUAAUUAAAUAACUUACGAAUAAAGGAUAAAUGUGUAAUUAAAACUCAAAGAAUCGUUACGUAUAAUUGUUAUAAAGUAAGUGAAAUGGAACGUCUCACAAUUAGAUUUUUGUAAAUUUUCGCUCGAAUUAGCAGUUGUAAAUAGAGCACCUACGUACGGUGCGGUAAGGGCGGUUUAACAGCGAGUGUCGCGGCAGAAGGUGUGCCACAAACGAGUAAGUGCCCGUCAGUUCUAGUAUCAGUCCUACUCUUACAACUCCUCUGGUUCUGGUAUCCCGUGAGUCGAACGAAAAGUAUCGAAUUUUGUCUUAAAGACACACAACUCGAUCGUCGUUUUCCGAGUUAAACUAUUCACUGUAUAUAAUCUUAUUUUAAAUAUCAUUUUUAUCCGGGAAUGUCAUAACUACUUUAGAGUCCAGGAUACGAUGACCAGUCGUAGGACCAAAUUAAAUAUACAUUUGUCAGUGUAACAUUGUAAUUUUUAAGAUUGAUUAUGCCUUUAUUAUUGAAUUAUCUUGUUGAAAGACUAUUGUAAAAUAUGUAUUGUAUACUCUGUAGUAUUCCAAAUUAAUUAAUAAAAAUGGUUUACUCAUAAGUAUUCGUAAAUUUAAAAAAAGUGUGUGUAAUAUUUUUAUGCCGUGCCACACUAGAAAUCACCUUAAAAAAUAAUUGUUAUAUCAAAGAUUAUAGAGGGACAGAUUGUGAGUAAAUCGUUAUCUUUUGCUGUUCGUGUAAAUAAUUAUUUGAAAAGUACCACUAAUUGUUAUUGUAAUCUACGAGAGAGGCUUGAGUAUAGGUACUUGUUUGGACUUUGGAACAGUAACAACAUAAUACUUAAUAGUUCUGGCAGUCACACUUGUUUCAUUGUUAUUCUUUUCAGAUGUAAUUAAUAAAGUCUGUAAAUUAUUGUAGUGUAAUUUAAUUAUCUAUGUUGAAUGAUUUCGUGUUCAAGGAAUUGAAAUCUUAGUGAGAUGAUAAUUAAUUUGGUAAUUACUUCAAUCUAAAUUGUUUAAAGAAUCCGCUAGAUUGAAGAAAUUUAUUUCAAAAAUAAAGAUUUUUGAGAUAAAUUUCUGAAUACAGUAAAACAACUAUAUUUAUAAAUAUAGCGAAUUUAUUUUAAUAUCUAACAGAAGAUUGAGGAAAUACUGGUUAUUUCUCAACUUCUCCUGACGUCAACCUAUUUAUUUAUAACGAAGUUUGAUGAACUAGGAAUAUAUUGAUUGUAAAUCAAACUUCUGUCACAAUAUUACACUUAGAUACUAUUUAAUCAAUAAUAAAUAGAGUGGUGACAGAGACAAAUAGUAAAAUUUCUCUUCCUACACCCCACGCCCUAAAGGAAUGUUUGAAAGGUCUGUCUGGAAGAGGCCGUGGUAACUGGCGAAGCGCCCACCGCACAAAACAGUACGGUACUAGAUAACAGACGAUACAUUGUAAAUGUUGGUUGCGUUGACGUCUGUUUAGAGUACGUGUAAAUAUAACAAAAAAAUAGUCAAGGUUUUACAAUAAAUUCGAUUUAAGUAGACACUUUUAAAUAUUAUGUACUAUAAGAAGACUAUGUAAACAAAACUAUAUGUAU